UACGGCGUUUAUCAGUCUCGCACCUUGGAAGGCUUGCAUAGCAACAAAAUCUUUAUUCUGUUCCAAUUUAACGACAAAAUGAGCAAAAAAAGUAAAAUAUCGCGAGAAGCAAGUGUUCUUGACGGCCACUCCCCUGUGAAUCGCUAUGAGUUGCUGUGUGUUGAUCACAUGGCGCGGGGUAAGACGGGUCCAGAUGAGGAGAAGAUGCUGGUUGCCUUUCAAGCUUUCGAUGCUCUCAUUCCAAACCUCGGAGUGUAUACAAGAAUCUUCAAGAAGUUGAGGGAUGAUUUAUAUGAUGCAGUUUACAGUGAUGAUUUAACAACCACACAAGAUGGCUGUGUUACUAAGAUACCGUAUUUCAUUCACAUCACACGCAGACAAAAUCAACAGUCAGAGAAAAUGGAUGAAAUGGAAGAUCAACUUGAAACUGUAAAAAAGAGAUUAUUUGAGAAGCACAAGCAAUUAGAAGAGAAUCAGAGAGCUACUGAUGACUUGAAACAAAAAGUGAAUGAUCUCAAUGUAACUAUAGAAGAUAUGAAGAGUGAUUUAGCAGACAAGAUGGCUGGAAUAGAAAAGUUAGAGAAGGACUUGAGCAAGGAGAAAUCAGACAGAAGCAAUGAAAGGGACAUAAUGCAAGGAGAUAUUGAUGAUUUACAUGCUGAAAUCAGUGACAAGAAAGAAGAAAUAGAUUUUUUGAGUAAAUACAAGAAGGGAUAUGAUGACUUGUACUAUGCAUUUUUGGACCAGCCGGAAGAUGAAGAAACUCCCAGGCAGACGAAAAAGCCUGUUGUUUCUACCAAAAGGGCAAACAUUAUGACAAACAUCCAGUUAGCAAAGAAGCUUGAAGACCAGAUUAUGACCGUUUUAAAUACAGCUGUUGAAGAAUUUGACAAAUUUAUGGAGGAACAUAAAGAAGAUCUGAAGCAGAUUGAAAUAAAAGACGACAUAACUGAUGCUGAGUUUGAAGCUCAGGAGAUAGAUAUAGACAAUGCUGAUCAGCAGUUGGAGGCUGUGCAAGAACGGUUCAAGAACACUAUAGGUGAUAUAUCUAAUGAGUUAUUGCUGCUCAAACAACACAGCAUCAUGUUGAUGGAACAGCUGCAGAUACUAGAGGAAAAUCAUCCUACCCUCAUGAGGAAAGGUGACAGGUUAAAGGUUGUAGACCCUGCAGUAUCCAAGUCUGGGGAUAUACUGUUGUCAAAGGAAGCAGAAAAAAGGGUUAAGCGUAUACAGGAAGAGAGUAUAAAAAUACAGGAAGAGUUUGUUCAGUCCCCAUAUCUCAGGCUGAAUGAUGAUAACUGGAAAGAACUGUUAGAUUCUAUUCUCUCUGCGGGUCUCGGGGAUGAUGAAGACGAGGCAGACUCUGACCCAUUUAUCCCACAGGAACGUGUCUUCAGUAAAUACGCUGCCAUGAUGUAUACAUCUAAUAACCAAGGAAGGUCAUUUGAAGAGUUCAAGGAAGCCAAAUACUGCCCAAGUUGUGGGGAAAAGACAGUUAUAUGCCCUCAUAAACUACCAGGGUCAGAGAGGAUAUUUCCACUCCCCAUCAACUGUACACAUCUGAAAAUAGCUAGACCAAAAGUGAAAAUUAACAAGGAACUCAUGAGGGAGUUGAUGAAACAGGACGAGGAAGAAGUGACCUUUGACCUUCCAGGUUCCCUUGGCAACAAGCUAGACAUUAGUAGGGAACACAGUUUACGAGCUCUUUCUGGGUCUAUGAUGUCACCAGACUCCAGCAGAGAUGGUACCAGUGUCACUGGCAGUGAAAGCCAUCUGCUAUUACGUAUGAAGAGAUACAGUCUGCUUAACAUGUAUGAUGACUACAAACAGAGAACAAAUCUAGAGAGGAACAUUCCUCGUCCACUGUCUCAGGACCGUUGUCUCUCUGUUAUGGAACAAUUCUGGACAUAUGUGAUCUGGGAAGAUGAUAAUGGUAAGGAGGAAGAUAUACACAAUUCUACCAUUGAUAAAUUAUACAAAUACAUGGAGGAGAGAUAUAUGGUGAAGGACAUCAUGUACUUAUGUAACCAUGAUUUUAUCUCAGGUGUUGUUGAGUACUCGGAACAGGACAAGGUUAUACAACUGUUCGGUCAUGUAUUGGUUGGUAAUUUAGAAGGUGCAUGUUUCCGAUACAUGAUGUUACUAUGUGACUUUAUCUGUGCUGUUGACUGGAAGGAAGUUGAAGAUUUCAGGGCAUUUGCUGCAGUUGUCUACCCUUUCCUUGGGGAAGAUGAUUUAGAGACGUUACAGAUGAGUUAUACCUCAUACAGUGAAAACAAGAUCUCUAAAACCAUGGUUACACAGUUCAUAAUUCAUCUUGUACUCAAAUACCGGGAACCAAGAUUCCAAGAUAUGGAGCAUAGACUGAUGCCGUUCCAGUCACCAGACAGUAAACAACCCUCCAUGUCAGAGAAAGAGUUUAAGGAGGCAAUAGAUAACAUUCUGCCGCUAACCAAUGAUAAACUCAGGAGAAGACUUUUCUUCGAGUCGGAGAAAAUGAUGCGGAAAGAAGGGCUUACAAACAGUGUACCAGUUAUGAGGCUGGCUCAAAUUGCGAGCUACCUGGGUUUACUGCAGAUUACUAAUAUUGUACGAGAGACAAUCAAUGUAAGGAUUCAGGAAUGGAGAGCAAGACCGAGCAGUUCCGGCUCAGCCCGGGUGCUACAGGAUCACGAGUCCCAGAUUCUCCAUGAUGAAGAUCAUCAGCUGAUUACGAUGUCAAAGGUCAAACAGCUGUCAACCAAUAUCUCCAGACGAAUCAAAUUGCGCCAAGAGAGAUACGAUAUGGGAGAUGAGCAGUCGGAUUGGUGAAGUAUGAUAUAGGAGGCAGACAGUCGAACUUCGAAAGUGUUCCAUUUUCAGAUAUAUUGUCUUAAAAUCAGCUUCUGAAAUUACAAGAACUUCAAACUUCUACUGUGUAAAGUUAAUGCAGUAUGGAAGCAUUGGAAGAUAUAAUUAUUUUAUGUACCGCCAGCUUUUACAAGAAAGAAUAAACAAAUUAGUGGUUUGUAAAAAUAUUGAUCAAAACGUCUUAUUUUUACCAGUUAAUGCAUUAUAUUGAUUGUCUGUUCAUUUCAAUACUUUUCUGAUGAUUAAAGUUCAUGCAUGUUUCAGUGAUACCCAUUCUGAAUUCCAGUUAACCCUUAGCCUGCUGCGGGCGAAUUUAACAGCCUUUGCAAACAGCUUGGAACCAGAUCAGACGCCGAUUAAAUCGGCGUCUGAUCAGGUUCCAAGCUGUUUGCUACUCUGACAAUAUUUCUUCCAAUUUUGGAGUAAAUUGAAUGAACUUAACAAUUUUAGCAGACGACAUUUCAGGCAGACGACAAUUUACCUAGCAUGCUAAAGGUUAAGUAUUGUACAGUAACCAGCUGUAUAAUUAUUGUUAUAUAUUGACAGUCAUGAAAUUUAUUACUGUUAACAAUUUUUGACAUGCAAGUUAAGGUAAAAAAAAAAGUAUCCGUUUGUUGACGAUAAAAUGUUAAGAUGAAAAUCACAUUUUUUGUGAAUAAAUUGAGAGUAAGGAAUUUCCAUGCUGGAGACACCAUCGAAGUUAAGAAAUAAUUUAUAUUGACAUAUAUUUCCUAUUUUCUGCGGCUCCUUUUUCUUCUUCAUGAUUAUGUUGCCCUGUUAAAACAACAUUUUUGUCUAAAGAAGUUUCUAUAAUAGUUUUAGCAAAAUAUUUAAGCUGUUAAAAAAGAUGUUAUAACUAGGUAACAUGUACACAUCGAAUUUUAUUGAAUUGAAUACAUUGUUGCGUUUCUGUACACUGAGAGAAUUAUUUUAAUCAUUUUGUUAUGUUAAUAUAUCAUAUCUUUAUUGCUAUCAGUUUUUGAUAAAACUUUUAUGUGAAAAUUUUAUGACUUUUAAUUCAUACAAUAUAGUUCAGUGUUGCAGUUGCCGACACAGAAUGAUUCAUUAUUCUGGGACCAGUCUAUUUUCCCAUUUAGCGCUUUAUACAUUUAUGCAUUUUGUGAUAAACUUAUACAGCAAAAAAUGUGAUUAAGUGAAACCCUUUUUAUUUUGGAAAACUUAUUUAUAUUUUUCUUUCUGUUUUGUUGUAUUUGACAUGCAUAUGACACUCUAGUGUUUAUGUAUAAAAAUUAAUAAAGACAAUUUGUUA